UUAUUAUUUAGUAUAAAUUUUGAGUAUAGCUGAAACGGAUGUAGUAUUAAACUAUCCUAUUUAUAUUAGAAUCAAGUUUGUAUUCUUGUUGUAGCUGAUAUAUUAAUCAAUUUAAAAAUGACGGUUGUUACAAAAGUAAUAAAUGAGAAAAGAAAAAAUUUAGAGAAUGUGGAGCAACCAUUAGUUGUUGGUAUAGAAGAUCAGACUGAUCAGGCUUGUAUUGAUUUAGAGGUUCAACAUCAUAAAAACGAAUUUUUUAUAAGAAAGAGAUAUCUCAUUUUAAAUAAUAAGACAUUUCGUUCAAGUAUUAGAACAACAUUAUGUCUAUUUAUGACAGCAAUUACAGUUAUGAGCAUCGGUGUUUUUGCUGGUGUUUGCAUUUAUAAACUACAUGCAAGAGAUCAGAUGCAGUUAUUUUGUACUGGAUGGUACAGCAUUCCAUACGAUAUUUCAAAUAAAUUGCAGUAUUCUAUAGAUGAAAUUCAUCAAAAUCAUCUGUUAAGUACAGAUUUAGUAUCUACUUUACCAAAAAAUAAUGGCCAACAAAAAAUAACUUUAAAAGAUUCAAUGACAACUACUAAAAACUACUUCAUGGAACAUUUUGAAAUUGAUCUAGAAAAUGAAAAUUAUGAAAAAAUUGAUGUACCUGAUUUUCAUGGUGGACGACAAGGACGAUUUAUCCAUGACUUUAGUAUGAAUAAAACUGGAAUUGUUGAUAUCGAUGGGCAAUGUUGUUUUGUCAUGCCAUUAAAUCGUCAAAGAGUUUUAGCACCUCAUAAUAUGCACGAUCUCUUAAAAAAAAUGUACAAUGGAUAUUAUGAAGUGAAUACAGAAGUGGUUAGAGAAUCUAUGAGAGUAAUUGUUCCUGAAAUUGAUAAUUUAUCUACUGUUGGAACAUAUAUUGCUCAUGAAUGUUAUAAUAUGCCAAUAUACUUAUUACAGCCAGUUAAUGAAAUUAUAUAUAAACGAAGUUCAUCUGAUGGAAUUUAUGGACAAUUUGCUGGAAAAAAUAUUAUAGUAUUUGAUGUUCUUAAUUUAGAUAGUGUUAUGUAUAUGAAAAAGUAAUUAUUAUUUAUAUUG